CUCCGGCGUGAUCUCAGCCCCGCACAACCCCCAAAACCUCCCGCUCCGCGUCCGCGGCCAUGGAGACCCUCCUCUCCCCCUCCGCAUUGCUCGGCCCGCUCCGGGUCUCCAGGAAGCCAGCGGCCCCCGCCGCCGUCCCCUGCAGCAGGCCCGCCGUCUCCUGCUCGCUCAAGAAGCAGGCGCAGGCGCAGGCGGGCGUCGCCUGGCGCGGAGACGGCGACGGCGGCGUCGGGAGCUGGGCGUCGUUCUUGCACCACGGCCUCGCCGCCGCGGCGCUGUCCCUGGCCCUCACCCUGUCGCCCGCGCCCGCGCCGGCCGCGGCGUCGGAGUUCGACGUGCUCAACGACGGGCCGCCGGCAGACACGUACGUGGUGGACGACGCCGGCGUGCUCAGCCGCGUGACCAAGUCCGACGUGAAGCGCCUCGCCCGCGACCUCGAGGCCCGCAAGAACAUCCGGAUCAACUUCGUCACCGUCCGCAAGCUCACGAGCAAAGCCGACGCGUUCGAGUACGCGGACCAAGUGCUGGAGAAGUGGUACCCGACGGUGGAGGACGGCAGCAACAAGGGGAUCGUGGUGCUGGUCACCAGCCAGAAGGAGGGCGCCAUCACCGGCGGCCCGGCCUUCGUGCAGGCCGUCGGCGACGCCAUCCUCGACGCCACCGUCUCCGAGAACCUCCCAGUGCUGGCGACGGACGAGAAGUACAACGAGGCCAUCUUCUCGACGGCGAAGCGGCUGGUGGCGGCGAUCGACGGGCUGCCGGACCCGGGCGGGCCGGCGUUCCAGGAGAGCAAGCGGGAGUCCAACUUCAAGAGCAAGGAGGAGACGGAAGAGAAGCGCGGCCAGUUCACGCUCGUCGUGGGCGGCCUGCUCGUCAUCGCCUUCGUCGUGCCCAUGGCGCAGUACUACGCCUACAUCUCCAAGAAGUGAUCCAGCAGCGUGCAGUGUACAGUACAGUAAUUUUUGAUAUUCCCCCAGUUUUCUGCUCGAAUUUUAGAAGUGAACAGAGAGAGAUCAAUGCAAGCGCACCCGCGCUCGUGUGCAA